AUGUCUGCAUUUCCCACACCCUCGAGUGAUCCUCCCAGCAAGGAGAUGGUCUACUUUCCGGACAUGACCACGGCGCUCCCGUCCAAGUCCGCCGAAUUCCGUCGUGUCCUCUGGACCGGGCUCCACUCGCAAUUGGUGCUCAUGACGGUACCUGUUGGUGGGGAUAUUGGAGAGGAAAUUCACACUGUGGAUCAGAUUCUUACGUUCACAUCUGGAACAGGACUUGCUCAAAUUGCUGGUAAAGAGCAGGACGUCAAGGCCGGAGACAUGGCCAUUGUGCCAGCCGGCACGAAACAUCAAUUCUUGAACACGGGUGCGACGCCGUUGAUUCUAUACACCGUGUACAGUCCUGCUGAGCACAAACCGACAACUGUACAUCAAACCAAGGAGCAGGGUGACAAGGAAGAGGAAGAUGGCAUUGAUGUCGCACCGGAAUGGAGCAGGAGAAGCAAGAAACAAAACGAGGACGAGGGGUGGGUCAAGGCUGAAGAGCUCUGA